UCAGGUCGAAGCUUGCAGAGCUCCAUGGAAACAUGUUUGUAGAAAAAUGUGAAAAUUGUGGCAAGCAAUAUCUGUUUGGGAAUCCAGUGACUACUCUGGGGUUAAAGAGAACUGGAAAACUGUGUUUGAAAGGAGGCAGAAGAGGAAAAUGCAGGUCAGCAUUUUCCUGAUACUUUAUAAAAUUUUAGAAAAUCAGAUGUUUGCUGAACAAAAUCCAAAUACUUACCAUUUUGAACUAUGUUCACACUAUAUCAGAGCGAAAUAAUGACGCCACGUUUUAAGGCCGUUUUCCACUAGGCGGAAUUUUCCGCGCGGAGCGGAAUUUCUCUUUGUUUUGUGAUUUCUCGGGUGGAACUAAUUAAAAAAGACAAAGAGAAAUUCUGCUCCGCACGGAAAAUUCCGUCUAGUGGAAAGCGGCCUUUACGUUUUAUACUGUUUAAAUAUUGACAAUGUUUUGGGCAUUUUUAUAUCCCGGCUAAAAUCCAGGUCGGAAACCCGGGAUAUUUUUGUUAGACCCAAUCUUGAUUGGUAAUUAUUGAUUAAUUUUUAAAUUCAGGGGUAAACUUUGUGACACAAUCUUAGACUGGGAAGACUCGCUUCCAGUUGAUGAUCUGGCUGCAUCCGAACAGCAUUCAAGGUAUAGACAUUUAUCUGUGCAAGACUUAUUCCUAAUCAGACAAUGUGUCUAGUGAACCCAUUGCACCCUAAUGCGCCCAACUUUAAUGUUUCACUCUGUCUAAUGCCAGACAAUUUUACUCUGUCUAACACCUGAUUAUUUUACUCUCUCCAAUGUCAGGGAGAGAUCGCUAGUGUUCAAUGGAUUAAUCAGACAAUCUGAUUGGUCACAGUUAAACUCAGUAGAUUCUGAUUGGCUGAGUUCAAAGGUCAACAAAGUUUUGACUUUCAAUAAGCAAAUCACAUCACGCUCAGGAAUUGCCGUUAUUCUCAAGUCCUUGUUGCAUUUCAUUUGUUCAACUGGAUAUCAUAUUUAUCUGUCAUACAUUUAGAAACAUUUUUGCAUCAAAAAAGUACAAAGUUCGUUCAUAUUUAAGUCCAGUCACUCAGAAUCCAUUACGUUCAAUUAUGACCAAUUAGAAUCUCAAAAAGCUAGUUUAGUUACUACCAUUUGCAAGUACGUAUAACUGUGAACGUUAUUCCAUGUUUAUAUAUCAAGUUUGGGUAUUUCGUUUGAUAGAACUGAAUGAAGAUGGCUUUUUAGUAGGUGGAAUUUGUGAACGGACAUUUAUAUACAAAUUUAACAACUCUUCUUUCAUUUAGACAAGCAGAUGUAUCCGUCUGUCUCGGCACAUCUUUACAAAUUAACCCAAGUGGUAAUCUUCCUGCCCAAACUGUAAAACAUGGUGGAAAACUGGUCAUCAUCAAUUUACAGAAAACUAAACAUGUAUGUACUGUUAUAGUACAAGUAUAGGAAAAAUAUUUUUGUGGGUGGAUUCUAGGAAUGUUCGGUAUAUGAAUUUUCCGGUAUCGGUAUACCGGGAAAAUUAUACCGAUAUUAUUGGUAUACCGGUUUUUCGCCUUUUAAAUUACAUAGGAAAAUUCCUUAGUGGAAAUUUGAAGGAAAUUUUGAUUUUGAAGAAUUUCAAAAGUAGAAACACCGUUUAUGAUAAUUUCGAAGCUGUUGUCAUUGUUUUUAACACGAAAUGUCUACUUCUUUUACUUUGCAUUUGAGUAAAACAAAAACUGAUGAUUUCGCCAUAUGCAUGGUGUCUGUGUAAAUUUGAUACAGUAUACCGAAAAAUUCCGAUAUAUCGGAAAUUUCGGUAUAUCGGUAUGACUGAAAAACUCAAACCGAUAAACCGAUAUUGGUUUCAAUACCGAUAUUUGCGGUAUGUCGGUAUACCGAACAUUCCUAGUGGGGAUUCAUAGUUUUGCAAUUUCUCCCAGUUAAGUAAGUAAACGCAAACCUUGAACAAUUACAUUUACAAUCCAACGUUUCAACACUCCAGUUUAGUCAGACAUAUUUCUCUACUCUGGUUUAAUGAUUGCAAUCCCCGAAGAAAUUACAUUCAUGAUCCAACGUUUCAACACUCCAGUCUAGUGUCUUCAUGCAACCAGAUAUAAUAUCAGAUAUGUUUCUCUACUCUGGUAUAAUGAUUGCAAUCCCUGAAGAAAUUACAUUCACGAUCCAACGUUUCAACACUCCAGUCUAGUGUCUUCAUGAGUUCAUGCAACCAGGUAUAAUAUCGGAUAUGUUUCUCUACUUUGGUUUAAGUGAAUGAAUGUUAUCCCCGAACAAAUUACGUUAACGACCCAAAGUUUAGUGUCUUCAUUAUAUAGGUGUGAAUGUGUAAUCUAAAGUCGCAAAGUAGCUCCUUAAAUACUCGAGGAGCCGUCGCGUUGCGAUCUUCGAUCACUCCUGAUGAAGACACUAGACAGGAGUGUUGAAACGUUGGGUUGUGAAUGUAAUUUGUUCGGGGACUGCAUUCAUUUACUUCAACCAGAGUAGCGAAUCAUGUGUGAUAUUAUACCUGGUUGCAUGAAGACACUAGACUGGAGUGUUGAAACGUUGGGUAUUUACUUCAACCAAAGUACCAAAGUAGCGACAAAAUGUCUGAUAUUCUGUCUGAUGUCUGGUCAAAUUCUCAUCCAUGAAAAACCUUUAAACUUGUUCUGCCGAGCAAGUUGCUCUUAGAUUAUUAUUAAAUGUACACAUGCACGUAAAAACGCACAAGUAAUUGUUACAGGUCUAGCUGCAAACAAGUUGUUACAAAUCUGUUCACAAACUGUGGACAAGUCGUGUUUGCACUGCUGAUGGCAUUAUUAGACUUGUUACAAGGUUGUUCUAACAAGUCUGAUACAGUCAUGAUGUACCAAGAAUUUUACAAGGUUGCAACAAUAUUGUUAUAUCAUGACUGUUUCGGAUUUGUUGUCUAUGGUUGGAACGACCUUGCAACAAGUCUGAUAAUAUGAAUUUUUCUGUGUUGGUGUUGUGUACUCAGGUGAAUAAUAUGUUUGCGAUGUUACUCUGAGUGCAUGCAGAGUGCAUGCAUCUCUUGCGAUGUUACUAUAAGUCUGAUAAUAUCAACAAAGUUGUUACAACUGUUAAUAAGUUGUUCCAUUGUUGACAACUCGGGACAAACAGUGCGAAUACAACUUGUUGACGGCUUGUUGGCAGACUUGCUACAAGAUGUGAGGUUUUUGCGUGUGUAUAAAUGCUUCUCGUCGGUUAAAACUAGUUGUUCAUUUUCACAGGACAAGAAAGCGUGCCUGGUGAUCCAUGGUUAUGUAGACCGUGUCGUGGAAGGUCUUGCAAGACAUCUAAACAUGACAAUACCGCCUUAUGUUCCAUUAUCACCUUUCAAAGACACAGACGCCCCUCCAGUUAUAAUGGCUCCUGUAAAAUACGAAAAUACGGACCUAGCCAACUAUGAAGAGGACAGUAAGCUCAAAAAAGAUACCUUAAAAAAAUCGUAUGUUGAUACAAAUCCUAUCCAAUCAAGUAAUGUAGAAAAACCAAUCGAUAUGCAAGUACAAGUAAGUGAGUCUAGACUAGAGGAAUUAAGGUCGGCUAUAAAGACUACGGAAGGUAAACUGUUUACUGUUGAAAGUACUCAGGCCCAAUUGAAAUCCUCUACUCUAUCUAAUCAACUUAGCGUAAACGAUUUGUACAAUACAUUUGGCGAUUCAAGUCCCGUGCAAUCAAAGGAUUGCUCUGCAAAGCUUCAACAUGAACAAGCCGAAGUCAGUGAGGAUGUGAAGAUAAAACACGAGGAUUUAGAAUCGAGCGUCCGUGAAUUACAAUGCCCUGCAGUGCCAAUGAAAAAGACCAAAUAUAACCACAACGCGGCUUUUUAAACUCUUUGUUUUUGUGAAGAGCUGCAUGGUGGCUGGAAUACGAUUUCUCCCACGCGGCUGCAGAGUAUAUUUCAAUAUUUUUUGCUGCGAAGAAGAUUCGAAGUUGCAGACCGUUGUCGGUUUGUCAGGAUUCGUGGAAAUGCGAAGCUUUCGGGAAUCUCCACACGGAUUUAGGUUUUAUGCAUUUUUUAGAAUGGGUUAUUGUCGGUCGCUUUGAAAAGCAACCAGAAGUCGACAAUAUAGUAGAGACGCGCAACAGAAACAUGCUGCAUAUUUGCGUGGCCGUUCUUGUUUUGUCAAGUGAUUGACCGCGAUUGGAAAUUGCGUCCACAAAUUAGCAUCUAUAAAACGAGGAUGAUGCGUAUAGCUUGUACUGCUGAAUAUUAAUCGCGGGCAUAUGUGAUGUCGUAUGGUCACCACACCUCUCGUGAGAAGAUAGAAACCAUAUGGUGCUUCGAAUUUUUGCUUCUGUUAGCUUUUUAACAGUUAUAGUCGAUACAUGUGGCUAAGACAAGACUACUGUGUAGAGAAUUGUACGUACGGUGCCUCUUGAAUUUAAGUCAUCUUCUUUCUUCUGAGGAUGACUUAAAUUAACAGUCGAAACGGUAAAGAAUGAAAAUGUUUACAAUUUUCUGAGUGUCCACUGUUAUAUAUAACCGCAAUUUUUAUACAUAGACAAAACUACUCACAAUGUAACGAUGGGGGUUUUACAUUUUUAAUAUCAUAUGUUCUUUUUUAGAAAAUAAUAUAAUUCUUGCUAUAUAUUUAUUACCGCAUGACAAUGUGUAUAUAACCACGUGUUCAACACUCAAUAAAUAUAGUCAUAUGUAUUAUAACAUAACCAUUAACAAGCUUUUAAAAUAUUACAAUAAAAAUUGGUUCAUG